UGCAUUAGCCUGGUAGCGUCGCGCACUUAUGACGCCAGACGCAGGGCCCUUACGGGCUACAAGUACGUGAUGACGAAUGACGCUCUCUCUUUGCCGCAUCUAUUGCGAGAAUGAAGACCAUUCUCAGCAAUCAGACUGUCGACAUUCCAGAAAAUGUCGACAUCACCCUGAAGGGACGCACUGUGAUCGUGAAGGGCCCCAGAGGAACCCUGCGAAGGGACUUCAAUCACAUCAACGUAGAACUCAGUCUUCUCGGAAAGAAGAAGAAGAGGCUCCGAGUUGACAAAUGGUGGGGAAAUAGAAAAGAACUGGCUACCGUUCGCACGAUCUGUAGUCACGUUCAGAACAUGAUCAAGGGCGUGACACUGGGCUUCCGUUACAAGAUGAGGUCGGUGUAUGCUCACUUCCCCAUCAACGUUGUUAUUCAGGAGAAUGGUUCUCUUGUUGAAAUCCGAAAUUUCUUAGGUGAAAAAUACAUUCGCAGGGUUCGGAUGAGGCCAGGUGUUGCUUGUUCGGUAUCUCAAGCCCAAAAAGAUGAGUUAAUUCUUGAAGGAAAUGACAUUGAACUUGUUUCAAACUCAGCUGCUUUGAUCCAGCAAGCAACAACUGUUAAAAACAAGGAUAUCAGAAAAUUUUUGGAUGGUAUCUAUGUUUCUGAAAAAGGAACAGUUCAGCAGGCUGAUGAAUAAGCUCUGAGUUGUCCAGCAACAGAAACAGCAAGAUGCCAGAUGAUUUUUCAGACUUAUUUGUGAUACCUUAAGAAUGCAAUAAAAACUACACUGAUUUGGG